AUGCACUCAGGUCCCGGAGAGUACAGGGAGACAGGUGAAGUCUGCAGCACAUUACAUAACACAGAAGAAGUCAUCCGUCACUGCAAUGGAGUGGGCUGGCAGCAGUCUCCGUGUUCUCUGGUGGCUGCUGCUGCGGGAUGUGUCAGUGACAGUGUUCAGUCCGUGUUCUUCCUGUUGCUGGUCCCCAUCAAUCGCAUGCUGCCACAAUGGUCCAUGGCAGCUCAGCGACAGGCUCAUGACAGGUCUGCCUCCAGGACGGCCACUGAGUGUGUACAAUAA